AAUAACAUUAAAGAGGAGCAGAGGAGCCGUCGUGAUCAUUGUGCGGCGGCCUAUGGGAAAUUCGAAAAUUAUGAGAUUAUUUUUUCCGCUGAUAGCGUGGUCUCUGUUAACAACAUGCUCUGCUGCAGCAUCAGGCGAGAGCACGAUAGUAUUCCCUCGGAUACUGGAAAGCAGGGGCGACGAUGGCACGAAAGUACUUCGGAUAAAUGACGAGCUGGUACUGAACUUGGAGCCCAGUUCCGUCUUCUCGGACGUUUUCAUGGUGCACACUUUUCACGAUGGAAUCUCACACAAGAGCUACCACGACGCUAAAGAAUUUCACGCAGAGCUGUACCAGGAUCCCCGUCAGAUGGCGUCAGUUAUGGUCACGGAAACAGAUUACGUACAAGUGGAAGGCGUCCUGGGCUCGAGGCUUCGUAUACGGCCAGCACCGGAACUGGAACGCUCCCUAGAGGGCCACGUGGCUCACAUAAUGUUCAGUGUGGAAGAAAAGACCCAUUCAGAACACGGCGACUACGCGAGCCCGCAAGAGGACCUCUACCCAGAACCCGUUAUAGCUGAGCGAAGUGAUUUCCAUGGCAAGACAAUGUAUCCCGAAGUGCACGUCGUUGUACAGUACGACCAUGCCAAGGCUUUCGGGUUCAAUAAGACUGCAAUAACACGAUACUUCGCCAUCUUCCUGAACGUGGUGAACUUGAGAUACAAGUCGAUGAACAACCCAAAGGUUCAAAUUCGUAUCGUUGGACUUACUAUCAACAAAAGGAAAGAAGAUGAACCGUACGUGGUGCGUGAUCCUACGUACAAACUCCUUAUGGACACCGGGUUGACUAUGAACGGUCUCAUGGAACAGUUCCGAAAAUACGAUUUUUUCCUCCAAGUCGACAUUGUCUUCUUCGUCACUGCGUUAGACAUGAUCAUAGGGGAAGGUCCCACACGUACAGUUGGUGUAUCAGGCUACGCAUUUUGCGGAUCAGCCUGCACACAAUACAAAUUUGGAGAGAGCGAAGACACACCUCUGUCGUACGACGGUACGCAUCUGUUUGCGCACGAAGUGGCCCACACUUUGGGUUGCGUCCACGAUGAAGAUCCUCCGGAUCAGUGGGUGUCCUCUAGCCAUCCAGGGGCCCAAAGCUGUCCUUGGAAGGACGGUUACAUUAUGAGUUACGUCUUCAACGACACCAAUCAUUACAAGUUCUCACCCUGCUGCAUGGAGCAGAUGCGUCACGUCUUCUCGCUUCCCACACGCAAAUGCUUGCACGAAAAGAACUGGCGUAAACCAGAGAUCGAGAGGACCACUAUGCUGCCCAGUAUGAAUGCUAAGAAGUUCUGUAAAAUCAUGCACGGCUGGAAAUACCCAAAGGCUUAUCCCGAUCCGUAUUACGAUACAUCAGCCUGCAAGCUGCAGUGCGUAGCUCCACGACCGAAACGUCGUCUGGGUGACAAGAUCUUCACCCAUUACGCCAUUGACGGCUCGAGUUGUGAUGCGGACGACAACAAAAAAGUGUGCGUUAACGGGAGGUGCUUGAACAAGAGCAAGUGGUUUCAGUACAUCAACACGGUCAUAGCCAUGACGCCCGAACGAUGAUCAGGUGGCAACAUCUGAGCGCAACCUAAAGAAAGUCAUCAAUAUAGAUUGAAUGUUUUCAA